CAGCAUGCCUGCAGCAGGCCCACUGUUUUCAUGACAGUGUAUUGGAUUGGCCAAGAAGUUUGUUUGGGUUUUUUCAUAAUAUCUUGCAGCGAAACCUGAAUGAAUGAACUUUUGGGCCAACAGUAGAUGAACAGGAUUGUCAAAAUAAGCUGAAGUCGGCGGUGCUUUGUAAAGCUGACUCACAUACCCUCGGAACCUACAGUGCUUCUGGAUUCCAGCCCCCGGGGCACCAUGCCAGACCGUCUGAGCAUGCGAGUCACAUUUGCUCUGACAGCCUGGAUGCUCUCCGUGGUCUCCAGUUCUUCCUCUCCAGCAAACACUUUGCCAGAUAUCAAAAACGAAGAUUUUAUCAAAGACUGUGUUCGAACGCAUAACAAGUUCCGAUCAGCAGUGACUCCAGCAGCCAGUGAUAUGCUGUACAUGACAUGGGACCCACAACUAGCUCAGAUUGCAAAAGCAUGGGCAAGCCAUUGUGAGUUUGCACACAACCGACAGUUGAAACCGCCCCACAAGCUGCACCCAAAUUUCACUUCACUGGGAGAAAACCUCUGGACUGGGUCUCUAUCCAUUUUUUCUGUGUCUUCAGCCAUCACAGACUGGUAUGAUGAAGUUAAACACUAUGACUUCAAGACUCGGAAAUGCAACAAAGUCUGUGGCCAUUACACUCAGGUUGUCUGGGCAGAUAGUUACAAAGUUGGCUGUGCAGUACACUUUUGUCCUCAAGUUUCUGGCUUCCGAGGUCUUCUCAAUGGAGCACAUUUUAUAUGCAACUACGGACCAGCAGGCAAUUACCCAACCUGGCCAUAUAAGAAAGGAUCCACGUGCAGUGCCUGCCCCAAGAGUGACAACUGUUUGGACAAUCUUUGCACUAACCCACAACGAGACAAAGUGACACGUUACUACUCCACUGUGUUUCCAGACUGGCCGAUAUAUCCACGUGACAGAAACACAUCUCUUUUUCUCAUAAUUAUCCCACCAAUCCUAAUACUGAGUGUUAUAAUUAUCAUUUGGGCCAAGGGCAAAUACCCUCAUUUAUUUACUUGGAAAUAAUCCAAUCCAAUCCAAUCCAAUAAUACAAACCUCAUUCACA